AUGCGCCGCACGGUCGUUUGUGCACUGCCUAAGUCGGUGGUGCCUAGGCCCACCGGCGCACAUGCACGCAUGGCGUCAGCUGCGCACCUGAGUGAGAGUCUGGGCCAUGACGGCCUGGCAGAUCCGACACUGCGAACGGCGUUUCUUCGGCCGCCGCAGGACGAGUCUGUCGCUUCGGCGACGCAGCAGCGUCUUUCGGCUGCAGCGCGUCUCGGCCAGGCGAAAGUGCAAGGCAAUGCAAUGAUUGCGUUGCCUGAUGCCCUAGCCAUGCAUCUUGCUUCAUUAGUGCGUCACGGCCAUCAAGAUCAAUUGCGUCGCGAUGCCUUGCACUACCAUGACCUAUUGCAUACCCCGCCCGAGGACAAGACUAGCCUGUCCCAGGAUCGUACACACUUUUUCACUGCGUCCCUGUCUCGUGCGCGUCUUUCACCCUUGUACCUGAGCCAGCUCUUCCCUGCACGGUACGCGGUGCUUGUGCGUGUGCUCGACGAAGUCCGUCGUCGGAUGGCCUCGCCUUUCCCGUCGACGUCGUCCUGGGCGCCGACGCAUCUGUACGACUUUGCGAUGCAUGCGACUGAAGCCCUAUGGGCGUACGAGGCCGUCUUUGGCGCCGAGGCGUUGACCGAGUACACGGCCGAAACACGCACAGGCACCUUGUUUUCCACCUGCACCUCUCUCUUGCAAUCGCCCCAUUGGCAGCACGUUCGUACGACGCUGCGGCAGCGUGGCGAUGCGCCGCAUCACUUGCGCGAUGUGGAGAUUGCGCCUCAUGCGCCGACCAUGACGCUGGGCGUGCAUGCCUUUGGCCUGAGCGAUCUUGAGACAGACAUUGCACGCGAGAAGGAAGUGCUGCGUAUGUGGAAGAGCCAUGCGCAUGUCUUGGUACUGAUUGAGCGUGCGACGCCGCGUGGAUUCGCUAGCCUGAUGGCCGCUCGUUCGCAGCUCUUGAUGCUGGGUCGUACCUCGUCGCCCUGCCACAUUGUUGCGCCGUGCCCCCACGAUCAUGCGUGUCCAAUGCUGCAUGCCUGGCCCGGCGAUACAAAGACUCCACGGGGUCUGUCGUUGUGUGCGUACUCUCAGCUGUACCGCUUGCCGUCAUUCACACGUGCGGCAGCGCGUCUGCAGCGUGGCGAUGCGGUGGAAGAAUACUGCUACGUCGUGGUACAGCGCGGCGAACGUCCUUCGUUGGCGACCCACACGCCGAUGUGGGCUUCGUCGCUGGCUUCGUCGCAUGUGCCUGAGGCAGUAUCGCACAUGGCCCAGGCAGGUCGGCAGGGCGUGCUGGACGACCUGCGGGCCAGUACCGCCGCGCCCGACGCUUCGGCGGCUACCCCGCCGUCGUAUGUAAGCGACGUCGUGGCCCAGGGCUUGACGCAGGACCGUGUGCUCCAAACGGACGCGUAUGCGUGGCCUCGCUUGGUACGUGCGCCCCUCAAGAAGGGAGGGCAUGUUACGAUGGACGGCUGCUGUGAAGACGGCCAUAUACAGCGGUUUACUAUCGCCAAGUCCGUCGGUCGGCAGGCGUACCAAGACGCACGCAAAGCGCGGCAGGGCGAUUUGUAUGCCCACGCCGCCCUUAGCAGCAAGCCGAUCAUGGUACUUCCGAGUCCUCAUGCCAACGACAUGCAGAAAGAUACCCAGGAGGAUAACACGGCACUGUCUCGACGUGGCUCGUCCGUGGCUCGCGAUGAAGAAUACGUAUACCUCGGCCCUGAAGCCCAGUACCAAACACGCCAGCUGGGCCACGUCUCUAAGCGCGUGUCACGCCGCGCGCCCAAGCGCCGCAUGAUCUUGGAUGCCACACGCGACGAUACACGUAGCAGUCGCAAACCCAACCGCCGAGAAUUGGACGAGGCCAUGUGGGCUGACGACCAAGCGUCGUCGUCCCAUCUUCCAUAG